AUGAGAAACAUGCACCACCUCCGUCUAGCGACACACGUCAUAUCUUCCUUGUUCUACAUCAAGGUCACGAACGUUUACGCGCAGUGCAUCAUGGAAGGCGACUCGUGCACCGCCCUCGCGGUCGAUGUUGCUGCCGGUUGCGCAUCCGAAGGUGCCAUUGGGGAAUGUGCUCCCAAGGGGUUCACGUCUGAUCUGUACUGCAGCACGGGCGUGUCGCCGUUUCCUGGCGCGGGGAACGAUGAGCCGGAGGCAAGCAAUAUCCCGCUGAUUCUCGAAGAAGUCGCCGGGCGAAGCGGGCAAAUCACAUUUGGUGGCCGCGCUGCCUUGGCGCUGCCCUAA